AUGGACGAUUGCGAAAUUCCUGACGGCGAGUACAACCUGCGGGUCGGACAGGCUCUUGGAGACGCCGACUUGCGGCGCUUUUUUGGAAUCAGGUAUACUCUGGACUCAAGCGGCGAAUCGAUGCUUCUGAACCGCAACGAUGAGUAUAUUUUGGAGUCUUCGGCCAAGGAUGGAGUUUCCAAGCUGUAUUUCGAAGGCAAAAGGCCGCCCGCUGGCCACGGACACUCGGAUCAUGUAUUGAUCUACAAUCAGAAGGCAGGCGAGUUCAGUCUCGAGAGGUUGGACUCUGUGGUGAAAAUGAGCAAGUCUCGUGAGCCUGAGAAGCUACAGCAACGGAUGAAGGCGCUGCUGAACCAGCAUGCCCGUGGGGAGGCGAUGAAAGAGCAGGCUUCUAAGAUUAGAAAACCAGCCACUACACUACGGUCACGUCCCCUCUCGGCUCAAUCGCUGGCCAGGUCGAGGCAAAAAAGAGAGCCAUCUACAAGAAGUGUGCCUACUCGUCCCUCGAGGCUCUCGAAAGCGCAAGAGGCGAUUUCGAAGACCAAACAACCCGAAUCCGAAAACCGCGAUCCGCCGAAAUCGGCAGUCUCUGAGGAAGACCUCGAGUUUGAUAGGGAGUUUGAAGAGGCGCUGGAGGCGCUGGAUGAUGAAAUAAGCGAGGAAGAGUAG